GAGGUGUGUAAUGAGCAGAAAAUGGAGUCUCAAUAGCUUCCUCAAACAUCGAUUUUGUCACUCUUUCAUCGCAGUAGCCACUUCUCUUCCAUGACCACAAGUUUCUGAACUCCCUUCAGCUUCUGCUUGAUUUCACCGUGAUACUUCUUUGGGGUUUCUCUGGAAAAGAUUUUCUUGGACAUGUCUAAUUAGCAAUAAGAGUUUAGAAUGCCAGUUUCAACUCGGUCUCAGACCGUCGGCCUGGGCCAAAAUGAGCCAACCCCAGAACGGAGAAUCGGAAAUAGAGGAAAUCAAGACGGUAACAGCACAAAUCCUCAUUCAAAAAAUCCACACCAUCGACUGAAGGAGAAGUUGAAAGCGCUCACUGUCUUGUACGAGCAGCAGAAGCAAACUUCCUUGGCUCUCAAGAACUCAUCUUUGAAACCCGAAGACUCACGAUUCACCACCUUCCCUGGAGGUGGAUCUUCAACGAAAAAAGACAGGGAAAAGGGUUUAAAGCCAGACAAUGUAAUGCGAGAGAACACAAUGCCAAAUUCAACAAUCACAAGAACGUUCGUGCUGGCUCAACCGCCAGCGGAGGAGGAGUCGAAGGAAAAUCUGGUUGGAGGGAGCGACCGGAUCAUCGGGUUUACCUGCCCCAGAAAGGUCAACGUCGCUCGGAAGCUUUCGAUCGGGACGGCACUGCCGGAAAUGAAAGGGAACCAAGAAUCCGAGAAAGCUGGGAAAUCCGGGAAUCGAAUUCUUGUUUUUGUGAGGCUGAGACCAAUGGGGAGGAAGGAGAAGGAAGCCGGGUCUCGGUGCUGUGUGAAAAUCGUGAAUCGGCGUGACGUUUAUCUGACGGAGUUUGCGAAUGAGAACGAUUACCUGAGGUUGAAUAGGCUUCGGGGACGGCAUUUCACCUUCGAUGCUUCGUUUCCAGAUGUGGCUACUCAACAGGAAGUUUACUCCACCACUACCUCAGAACUUGUGGAAGCAGUUCUGCAAGGGAGGAAUGGGUCAGUUUUCUGUUAUGGAGCCACAGGAGCUGGAAAAACCUACACAAUGCUGGGAACAGUGGAGAAUCCAGGAGUGAUGGUUUUGGCAAUUAAAGAUCUUUUCAGUAAAAUCAGGCAAAGAAGUUGUGAUGGAAACCAUGAGGUUCAUCUCUCUUAUCUUGAGGUCUAUAAUGAAACUGUCAGGGAUUUGCUUUCCCCAGGAAGACCACUUGUAUUGAGAGAAGACAAACAGGGGAUUGUGGCAGCAGGUCUUACGCAAUAUAGGGCUUAUUCUACAGAUGAAGUGAUGGCGUUGCUUCAACAAGGAAAUCAGAACCGAACCACUGAACCAACUCGCGCAAAUGAGACUUCUUCACGCUCUCAUGCUAUCUUGCAGGUUAUGGUCGAAUAUCGUGUUAGAGAUGCUGAAAUGAAUGUGAUUAACAAAGUAGGGAAGCUGUCUUUGAUUGAUCUGGCAGGAUCAGAGAGAGCCCUUGCCACAGAUCAAAGAACAGUGAGAUCUCUUGAGGGUGCAAACAUUAAUCGUUCUCUUCUUGCACUGAGCAGCUGCAUUAAUGCUCUAGUAGAGGGCAAGAAACAUAUACCAUUCCGAAACUCAAAACUCACGCAGCUUCUUAAGGAUUCUUUAGGAGGGACAUGUAACACUGUCAUGAUUGCUAACAUUAGUCCUAGUCACUUCUCAUUUGGUGAAACUCAGAACACCCUUCACUGGGCUGAUAGAGCCAAGGAGAUUCGAACAAAGACAUGUGAUGCAACUGAGGAUACAGUGCCUAUGGUCGAGACAGAAACAGAGCAGGCCAAGCUUGUGCUUGAGCUGCAAAAAGAGAAUAGAGAACUAAGAAUGCAGCUAGCAAAACUCCAACAGAAACAAAUGAUUCUCCAAGCACAGUCUUUAGCUGCAAAUACCUCUCCAACACCACCUUCUGCGACAUCAUCACUCUUCACUCCCCCAACUUCUGCGCAACCAACCCAGAAACGAAGGCCCCGAACAACCUCUUUGUUUUCUGCUAAAUGUUUCACUCCAGAGUCCAAGAAAAAAGAAGCUGAGGUAGCAGCUGUAAAGGCGCUUGAAAGGACUGUAAAAACACUAGAGUCUGAGAUUGAGAGAAUGAAGAAAGAACAUAGUUUGCAGCUGAAGCAGAAGGAUGAUCUGAUUCGCGAGCUUUCUCAGAAAGCGGAGGGGAAGAGGAUGGUGACUAGGAGUAGCUUACGGUCCAAGGAAACAAAUACUGGAGAGCUCAAGAGUCCGAGUCAUCGAUUCAAGUCUCCUGCCCCGCCUGCAAAGAAACGAAGCUUUUGGGACAUAACUGCUGCUAACAGUCCAUCAGUUACUACGUUGAAAGGAAGAAAGACACGAAGCCAUGUUGCCAUUGAACCUAUUGCUGCUCCUUCCAUGCUUCUUCAGCCGGGUUUCUCUCGUCAAAAGGCUAAUAUUUAAGCAAAAGACGAAUUGCAAAGACAGAAGCCCAGAAGGUGAAUAGAUGAGGAUUCUCAGAUUGCACGAACAAGCUAGUGUUCACGUGAUGGAUGCUUGUAUCAUUUAGGAUAGACGGAAAUUAGCUCUAGAACAAAGGUUUCACUUAUAUGUUUCACUUGCCCUGUACUAUUCUCGGAGAAAUCUCCAAAAAUGGUUGAUUAUAUGUAUACAUUCAUUUGAUUCUUUUCGGGAUUUGACUUGAGAUGUUAAUUUA